AUAUAUUUGUAAACGAUUUUGUUGAAGGUGUUCUUUUCAUAUACAAAUAAGUAGUUUUUUAUUUGAAAGAUGUUCAGAGCUCGAUUUGGAAUAUUUGUUUGUGUUUAAUCAACGUAAAUAAUAAUUCGACUUCAUCUUUGGGACCCUGUCCUCAAUAUUUUGCCGAGGAGGUGAAAUGUGGAUAAGAAAAAGGGAGCGCCUGGGGGGCAGCUAGCGACGUGGGAACCCCCCGGCGCCAGCAUGACGCGCGUUAAAGAAUGAAGAAGCAAAACGUUCGCACCUUAUCUCUAAUCGUUUGCACGUUCACUUACCUUCUUAUUGGCGCAGCUGUCUUCGAUGCUUUAGAAUCCAAAACAGAGAGCCAGAGAAAAGUAUUUUUACAAGAGGUACAAAGUAUUACAAGGACAAAAUAUAAUAUCAGCAACGAAGAUUACAGAAUAUUGGAAACGGUCGUAUUGAAGUCUGAACCUCACAGAGCCGGUCGACAGUGGAAAUUUACUGGAGCGUUCUACUACGCUACUACAGUUCUGACGACCAUCGGUUACGGUCAUUCUACACCCAGCACUAUUUACGGAAAGUUAUUUACGAUGUUCUAUGCGAUUAUUGGCAUUCCCUUGGGAUUGGUGAUGUUCCAGAGUAUUGGGGAAAGGGUCAAUAAACUAAGCAGUGUGAUCAUACGAUCUGUGAAAUCUUCUCUUCACUGCCGGCAGACAAAUGCAUCAGAGCUAGACCUUAUUUGCGUAGUUACUUUUUUAAGUUCAUUAACAAUAGCAGGAGGAGCUGCCGCAUUCUCAAGAUACGAAGGAUGGAGUUACUUCGACUCUGUUUAUUACUGCUUUAUCACCUUGACCACAAUUGGAUUCGGUGAUAUGGUGGCACUUCAGAAGGAUAAUGCCCUUAGUGAGAAACCCGAAUAUGUUGUGUUUGCACUGAUUUUCAUCCUUUUUGGCUUAGCCAUAGUUGCGGCUUCAUUGAAUUUGUUGGUUCUUAGAUUUGUGACAAUGAAUACCGAAGACGAAAGGAGAGAUGAAGCUCAAGCCAUUCAGGCAUUAGCUGGAGCAGUUAGGUUGGAAGGAGAUGUGAUAACAGCGAAUGGCUCCAUAUUAAGUGGUCAAAUAGGAUACCAUUGUACAGAGACGACAUCUUUGGAUGGUAACGAAAACUCAGUGUGUUCGUGUCCAUGCGGAUGCAUUCCAACAAAUAAUAAACAAAGAUUUAAAAUACGAAGAUCAUCAUUACAAAUGAAACAUCUACUUCCUGUUAUUCCGAUGAAUGAGCUUCAUCCCCCGAAAGGUCCAGGACUACCACCUCCAGCAAUAUAUCCGAAUCACAGAGCUUCGAUAUAACAUUAUUUCGAAAGGUUUAUAAGCCUACAUUAAUCAUUGUGAUAUAGUAACUGAACUACAAUCGAUUAAUUAAUAAGAUUUGG